CACAGUUUAAAGAAUAUAGCGUAAGGGACCUGGACGCCGGGUGCUGGUCGAGGGUGGCCUUGACAUCACAUCACGUACAUCGCGGGGGGUGAUGAGCGGAAGCGAGAGCAUAGUGGACGUCGGAAAACGCUUGUUUUCGCGUACCCCGAGAUAGAGAUAUGAGAUAGGAUUGGUAUUAAUGGCGGUUGUAGGUUUCAGGUUGAAUAAGACCCGGCUAAUUGAGCGAUACGUUCAAGGUCUUCCUCUUGUUGUUGUUGUUGUCGUUGUCGUUCUUCCUUUGGAGGCGAGGAGCUUUCCCAGCCGAGUUUGUAUUGGGGGGGGGGUCGUAGUUUCAAUCACGGGUCUGCACAAGUCCAGCUCUGCAAAGACGUCUUUGUUCGAUCUGACGGGCAAGGAUUUUCCAGGGUUGCAAGUGCAGCUGAAGCCGAGGAGGAUGGAAGUUGGAGAAACGAAGUUGCGAGGGGAACCAAAACAAAAGCAGACAAGCUCCCGCGCGGGGAUCUCCAGAGCUCGGCUUCCGUCAAGUCAGAUCUGUGUAACCGAUCGGGAGUUCCCCAUGUCUUGUAGGUUGCUGGGAGUUGGUUGGUGGGCUGGCCAUUGCUGCCAUUGAUAACUUUUUCUUUGGGGGGAACAUGUAUUUGACCAGUACUGGUGCCAUUCAUGAUUCAUG